AUGUCCGAUCCGGUGGUUUUACAGUCUGCGGUGCGAGUACCUACUCCCCCUCCAGGAGUAUCGUACUCGCCGCAGCCAUCCAGCGUGCGAAAACGUUCUCCUCCAUCUCGUUCGCCGUCGCCCAACCGUCGCAGGUCGCCUCCAGGUGGUCGCCCCAGAGAUACAACGGACUUGCCUUAUGUUGAUUCCGAUCGUGCGAAAGAGAGAGAACGACAUCUUGCGGAGAGAUUGCAACAACGGGAAACUCGAGACGCUCCGCGUAAACCGAUGACGGACGAAGAAAAGCAAGCUGCAGCAAAGGCUGAAUAUGACAAGCUACUCAAUAUGCGAUCAGGAGGAACAUAUAUCCCGCCAGCACGUUUACGCGCUUUGCAGGCUCAGAUUACAGACAAAUCUAGCAAGGAAUAUCAGAGAAUGGCGUGGGAGGCUUUGAAAAAGUCGAUUAACGGUUUAAUCAACAAAGUGAACGUGUCCAAUAUCAAACAUAUUGUGCCUGAGCUAUUUGGCGAAAAUCUGAUCCGCGGCCGAGGCCUAUUUUGUCGAAGCAUCAUGAAAGCCCAGGCUGCGUCGCUACCUUUCACGCCGAUCUAUGCCGCUAUGGCAGCUAUUGUCAACACAAAGUUGCCUCAGGUUGGAGAAUUACUACUUGGGCGACUGGUUGUUCAAUUUCGAAAAGCAUUCAAGCGAAAUGACAAAGCAGUUUGCAUUUCUUCCACUACCUUCAUUGCGCACUUGUGCAACCAGCAGGUAGUGCACGAAAUGGUUGCUGCACAGAUACUCUUACUUCUACUCCAUAAACCUACAGAUGAUAGCGUUGAGAUUGCGGUUGGUUUGACCCGCGAAGUCGGACAGCACUUAGAGGAAAUGAGCGGGCCUAUUGCUUUGGCGGUAUUCGACCAGUUCAGGAAUAUCCUACACGAAGCUGAUAUCGAUAAGCGUGUACAAUAUAUGAUUGAAGUCUUAUUCCAGGUCAGGAAAGAUCGAUUUAAGGACAACCCAGCGAUUCGGGAGGAACUCGACUUGGUUGAAGAGGAAGAUCAGAUCACUCAUCGGGUAGGAUUAGAUGAUGAGAUUGACACUCUGGAUGGACUGAAUAUUUUCAAAUUCGACGCUGAGUGGCAAGAGCACGAGGAUGCUUAUAAGAAAUUGAAGGCGGAAAUUUUGGGUGAAGGAAGCGACUAUGAAAGUGGCGACGAAUCCGAUGAUAGUUCCGAGGACGAGGAAGCAGAAGCGGAAAACCAAAUGGAGAUUCAAGACCAGAGCAAUGCUGAUUUGAAUGCUGUCACAAAUUGA